AGUAUAGCAAUAACGAAUCAAUAGUCAUUCAGACUUAGUAAGCGGAAACAACGGCGAAUACAUAAUACAUGGGCUACAAGACAAGACCGAGCCGGGGAACUAUCGGAAAACUGUACGAUACGGGUCCUACCAUACCACAUCAUAUCCAUGGAACUAUAAAGAGACAUGGUAAUAGACCACAUCAUACCCAGAGCAGCGAGCGCAUGAUUAAUGCGCUUAGGUCCUCUCGCCUCUGAGGCGCCUGGCCAGAGCGAGAUCCUUUGGUUGAAUGGUGACACGCUUAGCGUGGAUAGCAGCCAAGUUGGUGUCCUCAAAGAGGGAGACGAGGUAAGCCUCCGCAGCCUCCUGAAGGGCCAUGACAGCGGACGACUGGAAGCGGAGGUCCGUCUUGAAGUCCUGCGCAAUCUCACGGACGAGACGCUGGAAGGGGAGCUUCCGGAUAAGGAGCUCAGUCGACUUCUGGUAACGACGAAUUUCACGCAGGGCGACGGUACCCGGGCGGAAACGAUGGGGCUUUUUGACACCACCGGUUGCGGGCGCUGCAGUCUUCCUGGCGGCCUUGGUUGCGAGUUGCUUACGCGGAGCCUUUCCUCCGGUGGACUUGCGGGCGGUUUGCUUGGUGCGGGCCAUUGAGGCUUGCUAGAAUACUCGAGAUGUGUUCUUUGAAGAUGUGGGUGUUACUGCCGUCGAGCGGGACGAUGUUGAUGAGAGCGGGAGACAAGAGGCGACGGACGACGGGUGUCCAGAUCAGGACGGGAGGCGUCGUGGGAACUGUAUAUCGCCACAUAUGGCAGGCAUGUCACGUGUGACAACUGUCUUUCUGUCCGUCAGGCGGGCGAUCGGCAUUUACUUGCUCAGCUCCAGUGCUUGUGCUCCAGCCUGAGUCCCGCUGCUACUGUUACUGCCGCUGCCAUCGCCUCUGCCAUCCUGCCCUCGACCCACGCCCUUGCAGCUCUGCAGCCAUGCCGGGCGAAUACAGAGGAGAGUCCUUCCCGCCCUCCAAGCUCGGCGAAUACAAAGUCGUCGACGAGAUUGCAGAGGGCACCUUUGGCAAGGUCAAAAUGGCAUACCACACCAUCACUGGUCAGAAGGUAGCAAUGAAGUUCCUAUCAAAGGAGGCCAUCAUUGCAUCGCGCACAAAGACCCGUGUCCAGCGCGAAGUCGACUACAUGCGCAUGCUCCGUCACCCCCACAUCAUCAAGCUCUACGAGGUCAUCUCCACUCCAACAGAUAUCAUCAUCGUCCUCGAGUAUGCAGGUGGUGAGCUUUUCAAGUACAUCGUCGACAAGGGCCGCAUGCCCGAGUCCCAAGCACGCCGCUUCUUCCAGCAGAUGAUCUCCGGCAUAGAUUACAGCCACCGCUUGAAGAUCGUUCAUCGCGACCUCAAGCCAGAGAACAUCCUCCUCGAUGACGAUCUCAAUGUCAAGAUCGCUGACUUUGGUCUCUCCAACGAGAUCAAGGACGGUGAUUUCCUCAAAACGAGUUGCGGAAGUCCGAAUUAUGCGGCUCCUGAAGUUAUUCGAGGAGCGCUCUAUACAGGACCAGAAGUCGAUGUCUGGAGCAGUGGUGUCAUUCUCUAUGUAAUGCUUUGCGGAAGACUACCUUUCGAAAAUGAGGACGUCGGCCGGUUAUUCCAACAAAUUGCAGAGGGUGUUUAUUUCCUUCCCAACUACCUGUCUCAUGAUGCACGUUCGCUCAUCAACGGCAUGCUCCACGUCGACCCCGUAAAACGUUUGACCAUCUCCGAUAUCAUGGCCCAUCCAUGGUUCACACCCGAUUUGCCCCGCUAUCUCACCCCGCUCCCUCCCCCACCUGGGCCGGUUCUCGGCACGCUCUCCUCGCUAGUUGCCCCACCGAAGCAACUUGACUUCGAAAUAAUUGAGGGUCUAGGCCGCAUGGAAGAAGACAUCGUCGAAGAACUUGCUGCGCGUAUGGAAGGUGUCAGCGUGGAUGAAGUAUGGGAGGCGCUUCGUCGGGAAGAUGGACCGCAGGGGAAUGCCGUCAAGGUUGCGUAUCUGCUUCUUCGCGAUAAGCGACGUAAGGGAAGGGACCUGGCAGAGUUUGAGGAUCAAGAGCGUGAAGCACAGUUGGCAGCUUUAGAUCCUCGGAAUAUGCUUUCCCCAAAUGCACUCUCGCCAAGUGGGAAUCCUGAGAAUGAGCCAAACCCAUUCGAGUCGGAGUUUAUCGGAGAUGAGGAAGAACUGGACGACGAAGAAGGGAUGGUGGACUUCUCGACUCCCGCGGGACCGCAUACCGAGGAGAGUAACUUUGCUGUCUUAAACAGUUCUUUACCAGGUGGUGAACAAGGACGGGAAGCCCAACAGCCGCAUCAUCUUGCGAGCUAUGCAACAGCGAGACUUGGUGGUAGCAGAGUUGCUGCGAAGGAAAAGAAGCAGCAUCGCACGCGAUGGCAUUUUGGGAUCAGGAGCAGGAGUCCGCCUAUGGAGGUCAUGUCCGCUAUCUAUGCUUCUCUGAAAACACUCGGGAUGGAGUGGAAAGAGAAGAAAGAUCUCGGAGGACUGUGCGCGACACAUCCGCGUGCGAAGGGCAACAUCAACAGUGAAUCUUCUGGACAUAAUCAAGCGCAGAUUGAACGAGCGAGAGAAUGGGACGGACAUGGUGGACGUGUUGAUCUUCGUGCGGCAUCUUCCAUCUACUUCGUCGAAACACGCGCACGGCAAGAUGAUACCGUCGUAUUAAUGAACAUCCAGCUUUAUUACGUCGACGGGGAUAAUUACCUCGUUGAUUUCCAUCACAAAAAAUCUUAUCGCGCGUCAACGGAGCCUGGAGCGGGGCGGUUCGACGCAGCGAAGCCUAUCGCACCGAGCGGGAGUGCGGGAGGCGGCGGAGGGAGCGGAUGUCCAUCGGAAAGCGGGAGUAUGUAUCCGUCUGCGGAAUUGCAGGCGAAGGAAGAGAGCGUAGUUUCCCCGUAUGUGUUUAUGGAUGUUGCAUGUAAGUUGAUUUUGGACCUCGCGGGCGGGGCAGACGACGCACGAUGAGGGCGACGAUAUUAAGGUGGCGGACGUUUUGUCCAUGUUCUUCCUCUUCCUCUUCUCAUUUGUUCCGAUGUUUCUUUCCUUCGUGCUUCACGCAUUUGCUUUGACUGUGACUGAUUUGUCUCGUGCUGUCCGUCUAAUAUUCCCUCUUCGCAUUCUGAUUCUCUCACCCUUACAUUUUGUCUGGCUCUUUGAGAUUUCGACUUCUGAUACGUACUGUAUGACAACUUAUCCUUUUAUUCAUGUUAUUUUUAUACAUGUACAGUAGAUCCCCGCAGCUACGUCCAUGUUUGUGAUUGUGCUUGUGCCUGUAUUUUAUGGAAUGGCAUCGUUUAGACAUUUUC